AUGGGCUGGAGUCAAGAAAGUUGAGCGAAUACCUCUAUAAAGCACGCGGUCGUGUAGCCUGGCCCGUUUCCGUUCCGCUCCAUCUUGCGCGAAAGGGCUUGACUGGGCAGUGUUUUUCCACGUGCAGUCCAAGAUCGGCAUUCUCGCCGCGCCGGUAGCUGUCCUUGUUCGUGGGCGGUAAUGGCGGCAUCCGCUCUCUCUCCGCUUUCCAUGCGAUAAAGAGGUUUUGGCCCCGUGGGUUUGGAAGAAGGGCAUGCUUGCGACUGGAAGGAUUACCGCAAGAUCGCCCCCCGUUCCCUUUUGCCCCCCUCCCUUCUUAGUAUGGUGCAUGGACCCGUUCUUUGUGUGGGCCAUGGACGCUCGAGGCAAAAAAGCUCGCCGGGUCUGGUGGACAAGCAAAGCAUCCAUUCUGUUGUGUCACUACAGAAGUUCCCACCAUGAUUCAACAAUGACAUUCAAAAAUCUGGUUCUUCCCCGAAAGGGCUGCCCCUUUGUUGGGGGGGUCCAGCUCUUUGGGACCGAAUCUAGACGAGUCGGAGUUGCGGUCCGAGCCCGUUUUUCGGACCCCUGGUGGCCAUGUGCGAACAAGCAUGUGCACAUCUCCGUUGAAUGUGCCCACAUCCAAUCAAGUGUCGGCAUGGAGGACGAGACGAUGAAACAUUCCCAUAUUUCACCCCGCAUGUGCAUAUUCUCUUCGCCGAACAGAAUGUCAGUAAGAUCUUCCCCCAUUUCUCAGAACGGUUGGACCUUCGCCUUGCCGCGUCCCCUAGGCGCAAGAUGUGAGAUGGAUUGUUCUGCGGCUCUUGGGAUGCACCGCUCUACGCUCGACAUUCCAUCCGCCGUUUCACAGGAUCGAUGUGAAACCGCCCGUCAUGACUUGUGCGUAAAUCAGAUGCAGCAAGCGAGGGAGGCUGUCGCGGAUCUACUGUUUGGAUGCGCUGACGUAGCAAGAGAGUCCUCGAGUACCUGCUUCAUCCCCAUCGGCGGACUCUGUAUCGCCCCCGAACAAUAUCAUGCACGGGGAUCGGAUACAGCUCCUACGGAAAAACGUGCGCAUAGCAUGGGUUUCCCAAAACGUGGGCAGCUCUGCGCCGGCCACUAUACCAUCGAGGGGUUCCAGACCACAUAUCUCAUCCCAUCCCACGCGCGCGGGUGGGGUGAGGCCUUCCGUCGACGUCGCCAAGAAUGCUGACCAGCAACUUGUCCGAUUUCCAGUUUGGGGAACCGGGAAAUGUGUGGGAGUAUAGAUAGAUCCCAGCCUCUUCCAUGACGCCGAAGUGACUCUUGAUGUCCGUGACGGUGAGUUG